GUCAGUUUAAGGAGCAUUUUAUUUGUAUUUCCCCGAAUGAAUGGAACCCGAAAAUGAGCCAAAGCCUGGCAAAGGUCGAGCCCUGCUGCAAUUUGCGGCCGGCGGAUCGGCGGGUCUCCUGGAAUUAUUGCUGUUGCAUCCAUUGGAUGUGGUCAAGACACGAAUACAGCUGCAGGGCGUGCAAGCAGCCGCCGGAGAGCUCCAUUACACGGGCGUCAUUGACUGCAUAUCGAAGAUCUAUCUGCACGAGGGUUUCGCUGGCUUUUGGAAGGGCAUUGUCCCACCCAUUUGCUCGGAGACCCCGAAGCGAGCGGCCAAAUUUGUGAUUUACGAGCAGGCCAAGCCGCUGUUUCUGUUCGGAGCACCGCAACCGACGGCCCUGACGCAUGCCAUGGCUGGGUCACUGGCUGGUACGCUGGAGUGCAUUAUCCUCAAUCCCUUUGAGGUGGUAAAGAUCACACAGCAAGCGAAUCGCAGCGAAUCUCUCAAUACCUUAACGGUGGCCAGUAGAAUCAUUCGGAGUGAUGGCUUUUUCAUCAAAGGACUCUACCGAGGUAUGACAGCGCUGCUGCUGCGCAAUGCCAUCUUUCAUUUCGCAUAUUUUGGCCUCUAUCAAGGACUCAAAGAUGAAAUUCCCGCCUAUCAGGACAAGCUGGCGGAGUUUCUGCGCAGGGGCACCAUUGGGUUCUUUUCGAGCAGCAUUAGCUGCUUGUUUAGCAUCACUUUCGAUGUGGCCAAGUCCCGAAUACAGGGGCCACAGCCCAUCAAGGGCACCAUCAAAUAUGAAUGGGCUGUGCCCACGAUCCGGACGAUAUACAGGGAGGAGGGCUUUCGAGCGCUGUUCAAAGGCAUGAGUGUCAAGAUAAUGCGUGCGGGACCAGGAGGUGCAAUCCUAAUGCUGGCCUACGAGUAUGGCUAUGAGUAUUUGACGAAUAAAUAUGGUUGAAAAGUGCAUAAAUUAGAUAGCUAAAUAUAUAUGAGUGGUGUAUCGAGUAAAAACACUAAAA